GCGCUCUCGUACGUGUUCAUCUAGCAGGAUCGACGUUGAGACAACAGGAACAGAGGGGCUUUGGCCAAAAAAAAACAGAAGGAGAGAUUGCCUUGCCUUCUAAUUUCUCCCUCUCCAGCCCCAGAACAAUGUCGAUGAGCCCUAAGCAUACGACUCCUUUUUCUGUUUCCGAUAUCUUGAGUCCUCUUGAGGAGAGCUACAAGAAAGUAAGUAUGGAGAAUAACAACUUGGGGGCACCUCUCUCAUCGUACCGUCAGCCGCAGGUAUCUCAGGCGAUGCAGCAGCACCACAUGGGCCACAAUGGGACCGUGUCCGCGGCUUACCACAUGACUGCUGCCGGGGUAUCUCAACUAUCACACACGGCUAUGGGUGGCUACUGUAACGGAAACCUGGGAAACAUGAGCGACCUUCCGGCUUACCAAGACAGCAUGCGGGGUAGCGCCACAGCCACGGGCUGGUACGGAGCCAAUCCGGAUCCACGCUUCUCAACCAUCUCACGCUUUAUGGGCUCUUCAUCUGGAAUGAACAUGGGGAGCAUGGGGAGCAUGGGGAGCCUCGGGUCCCUGGCGGACGUGGGCAAGGGCAUGGGCCCUCUGUCAAGCACCCCGAGGAGAAAGAGGCGAGUGCUGUUCUCCCAAGCUCAGGUGUACGAGCUCGAACGACGGUUCAAACAACAGAAGUACCUUUCGGCCCCGGAGAGAGAGCACCUGGCGAGCAUGAUCCAUCUGACGCCGACCCAGGUGAAGAUCUGGUUCCAGAACCACCGGUACAAGAUGAAGAGGCAGGCUAAGGACAAGGUGUCGCAGCAGCAGAUGCAGCAGGAGAGUGGCUCCUGUCAGCAGCAGCAGCAGUCCCCGCGGCGGGUGGCUGUGCCGGUUCUGGUGAAGGACGGCAAGCCAUGCCAAGGUAGUGCUCAUACUCCGACCACCGCAGUGCAGACUCACCACCAGCAAGGGGGUAAUGCAAUGAUCAUGUCCAAUAACAGUUCGGCCCUCGGGCAGCACCAGGGCCAGCAGGUGGGCAGUGCAGGUCACUCUCCAGAUUUAGUUCAGCACUCGGUCAGCCCGCCGUCUCUACAGACCCAGGUGGCCGGCCUCUCUCACCUCAACUCCUCCAAUGCCGAGUAUGGAGCGGCAUUGCAGUGCUCUGCAUUAUUGUACGGCAGGACAUGGUGACAGCAAAACAGACAGACAUAACAAAACACACCACUGCAACAAACAAAAAACAUUUGCAGCUAAUGAGAAAUUGUACUUAAUGUGCGUGUGAACAAACACCAUGCAAAUUGGUUUCCAUUCUCCUGAAAAUGUUUAUUUCAUUUUGACGGCUGGAUAUGCUAGCAGCGUCUGGAAGGCUUGCGGACAAGAUUUAGUAAUCCCAAAUUCUAUGAGGAUAUGGGAGUUCAAUCCUUACACCUGGAAUUAUUUAUGUAAAUUAUACAGAGAUCCUUAGCCACUUCAGAAACUCAUACACCUGUUUGUGGCUCAGUUGGGUUUAAAUUGUGAGAAUCUUCAGGGGGUGGGGGAUGGGAUGGGGGGCUAUUGUAUGUGAGUGCUUAUGAACUUUUUUCACAGAUUGCUCUGAUUUAUAAUAGAACUUAAUGUACGACGUAGCUUGUAUAUUUAUGUAAAAGGUUUGAAUAUAUAGUUUUUAGCAAUAUGUUGUACAAAGUUUUUAAUGCUAUUGAUGGUUUGUUGUUAUUUGAGUUCCAUCAGUAUUUGUAUGUUUUAUUUCCUUGUAACUUAUAUAGAUAUUUGACUUAAAUACAGACAAACAAUCCUAUUAAUAAAUUA